UUGGGUACCCCCUCCCCUAGUAUGCGCGCCUUCUGCGGAGGAGGCUGCUCGAGGCACCGAGGACAAGGGCCACAUCGAGGUCGCCACGCAGAUAGUGCGGUGCUCCAGGAGCUAACAAGCCUCUACAAGAACCAUUUCCUUCGUUGCUUUUGUCAAGCAAAGGGUCCCACGCCCGAACCUAUGUCACGUCCUGUUGCGCCAUCGUUUGACCCUGAGAAACGAGAGAUCAGAGCUCUGUUGGUCUCGACUCCGUCGAUUCACCAAGUAGCCAAGGCCAAAGUACGCCCUGCAGUUCCUAAUAUACUGUAAUUUUCCCGGUAAUUCUGCUCGCUCUUUCAGGUUCUUCUCCGCAAUGGGUAUAG